GCGUUCACCUCGCGGAGCGGGGGCUGCUCGGAACACCGGGAACACCGGGAACACCGGGAAUACCGGGAACACUGGGGCUGCAGGGCUGCCAGAAACACCGGGAACGUCGGGAAUACCAGGAACACUGGGAACAACGGGAACACUGGGGCUGCAGGGCUACCAGAAACACCGGGAUCACCGGUGCUGUCGGGAACACCGGGAACACCGUAACAGCUGCCGGUAAUCCUGGGAAUACCGUGACACCGGGACUGCCCGGGCUGCCGGUACCGCGGAGUCGGGAUCUGAGUCCCCAGCUCAGCCUGAGAUGCACCUCGGCACUGGGAGCACUGGUUGCAGGCUGGUGGGAGCAGCCAUGAGGGACAUGCUUGGAUCUGGAUGCCUUGGGAGCCUUGUCCAACUCACCUGGAUGUGCCUGUUCUCCGUGCCGCACGGCGGGGCCAAGGUGCUGGAGAAGACCUUUGAGGAGUGGCUGCGGUACCGUGACGAGUGUCUGAGGAGGAUGGCGAGCGAGCCCUACCCAGCAGGGCUGUUCUGCAACCGGACAUUCGACAUGUACGCCUGCUGGCCCGACGGCAGCCCCGGCACCGCUGUGAACGUCUCCUGCCCCUUCUACCUGCCCUGGUUUGAGAAAGUGAAACACGGGCUGGUGAGUCGCCGGUGCGGUGCUGACGGGCAGUGGGUGAUGGUGAAUGGCAGCCAGCCCUGGAGGGACUACUCACAGUGCGAGGAGGAGAUGGAGGUCACCGCUGAGGAGGAGGGUGCCCGCAGGCUGAUGGUGAGCUUCAAGGUGCUCUACACCGUGGGGUACUCGCUGUCACUCCUCACCCUCAUCUCUGCCCUGCUCGUCCUCACCGUCUUCAGGAACCUCCGCUGCACCAGGAACUACAUCCAUGCCAACCUUUUCGCCUCCUUUGGGCUGCGGGCGACCUCGGUGAUGGUGAAGGACGCGCUGCUGGAGCGGCGCUGGGGCGUGGAGCUGGUGCAGGUGACUGACUGGGAGAACCUGCUGAGCCACGAGGCUGCGCUGGGGUGCCGGGUGGCACAGGUGCUGAUGCAGUACUGCAUCCUGGCCAACCACUACUGGUUCCUGGUGGAAGCCAUCUACCUCUACAAGCUGCUCAUCGGGGCCGUGUUCUCCGAGAAGAAUUACUACAGGCUCUACCUCUACCUGGGCUGGGGGACCCCCGUGGUGUUCGUGGUGCCCUGGAUGGCCGCCAAGUACUUGAAGGAGAAUGCAGAGUGCUGGGCACUGAAUGAGAACAUGGCUUACUGGUGGAUCAUCCGCAUCCCCAUCCUGCUCGCCUCCCUGAUCAACCUGCUCAUUUUCAUGCGGAUCCUCAAGGUGAUCCUGGCCAAGCUCCGAGCCAACCAGAAGGGCUACGCUGACUACAAGCUGCGGCUGGCCAAAGCCACCCUCACCCUCAUCCCCCUCUUUGGUAUCCAUGAGGUUGUCUUCAUCUUCGCCACUGAUGAGCAAACCACGGGCAUUCUGCGCUACAUCAAGGUGUUCUUCACCCUCUUCCUCAACUCCUUCCAGGGUUUCCUGGUGGCCGUGCUGUACUGCUUUGCCAACAAGGAGGUGAAGUCUGAGAUGAAGAAGAAGUGGCAGCUCUGGAAGCUCGACUACCCAGUGCUCUGCUGUGCCCAGUGAUGCAGUGACUGCCUGCAGAGCCAGGGCAC